AUGACGGAUGAGAAAAUUUCCCACAAUUUCACGAAGAGCACAGAUUACAAGAAAUUCAGUGCUAGGAAUGAAGUGAGUUACACUCUCCUCAAGCCACAAUACUUGGCAGACGGGAUGGCUGAAGGUGAAAGCAAGGUCACCGAGACGCUUCUAGAAGCUGUGGCUGCUCUACUGAAAGAGGUCAAAGAUCUCAAAUCCGAGCAAAAAGUGGUAGUCCCGUUGCAGCAAUCGAAUGAGGUUUCUGUGGAUGCUUUGUCCAGAGGCAUUUCCCCUUUUUCAUAUGCCCCUGAACAAAACCUCACUUUCGACAUGUGGUAUCAGCGCUACAAAAGCACAUUUUUGCUCGAUGGCAAGAAUUUGGAUGAUGCUGCAAGAGUGAGGCUGCUUCUUAGACGUCUGGAUGCAUCGUCUUAUGAGCGAUAUGCCAGCAAUUUGCUGCCACGUGAGCCAGCCAAUCUGAGCUUCGAUGAAAAUGUUGCAAAUUUAAUAAAGCUCUUCGGAAAGGGUGAGUCUUUAUUUUGUACACGUCGAAAGUGUCUUCAGCUUAUUCUCAAAGACACUGAUGAUCUCACAACCCAUGCUGGAGUGGUUAAUCGUCACUGUGAGGCAUUUAAAUUAGCGGAAUGUACUGCAGAUCAUUUCAAAGCAUUGAUUUUUGUCAAUAGCCUGCAAAGUGAAAAGUAUGUUCUAGUCCGGGAGCAAUUGUUGACAAAACUCGAGACGGAACCCGCGGAUAAAAUCACUCUCAAUUUUAUGGUAGAGGAGGCUCGUCGCCUUAUCAAUGUGAAAAGUGAUUCCCGCCUCGAUACUCCCGUAGCUAGUGUUAGUGUCUUAAAGAAAAAGGAUUUUGCGCCCAAGAAAGACAAACCCCCACCCGACGUGUCCAUUAUCUCAGCUGACACCUGGAGAAAGCUCAAACAACCCUCUCUCACACCUAUUUCUUUGAAAGUCAGGGAUGCCCAGUCUCACUAUAUCGAAAUGUUAGGAGAAUUUGAGUGUUCUAUUCGGCUUGGAGAAAAUGAGGUUAGGGGACGAUGUCUCGUAUCCGAGAAGACUUCAGGGAAUCUAUUCGGCAUUGAAUGGAUUGAGGCACUGGGAUUGUGGGAUUAUGCUCCGAGUUCCUAUUGUAACUCUGUCCAGCAGGAAAUCGACACUACCUCUGCGAUUAAGGAGCUACAAUCUACUUUUCCUGUGGUGUUUGGUACCGAAAUGGGUCAGUGCACGAAAGCCACUGCAUCCAUUCACCUCAAGCCUCAUGUCAGCCCCGUUUUUCGUCCAAAACGUCCUGUGGCAUUCCACCUAAUGGCUACGAUCGACGAUGAGCUUCAACGCCUGCAAGCUUCGGGAAUCAUCACACCCACUGAAUAUUCGUCGUGGGCAGCGCCCAUAGUCGUUGCUAGGAAGCCCAAUGGCCGCAUAAGAAUAUGUGGAGAUUAUUCAACUGGCCUAAAUGAAUCGGUUGAGAUGAACAAUCAUCCGAUCCCAGACCCCGACAGUCUAUUUAGCCAGUUUGCCAAUAAACGUGUCUUCAGUCACAUUGACCUAUCAGAUGCGUACUUGCAGAUCCCCAUGGAUGAGGAAUCGAGUCAAUUAUUGACAAUACACACUCAUCGUGGUCUAUUUCGAUUCAAUAGGUUGCCCCCUGGUAUCCGGAGUGCCCCCGGAAUAUUCCAAGAAAUCGUAGAAAGAAUGCUUCAAGGCAUUCCUGGGGUAAUUUCCUAUUUUGAUGAUAUCUGCGUGGCCAGCAGUGACACCAAAGAGCAUUUUGCCGUACUCAAAGAAGUCUUCAAGCGCCUGGAGGACUACAAUUUCCGUGUUAAAUUGGAGAAGUGCCGAUUUUUUUCGCGUGAAAUAAAAUUUCUUGGUGUCGUUGCAGAUGAGAAAGGCCUACAUCCGGAUCCCGAUAAAACUGAAGCAAUUUGCAAAAUGCCCGCUCCAUCCAAUGUGAGUGAACUUCGCAGUUUUCUCGGAGCAGUGCAGUUUUGGGGACGAUUCAUCCGAUCAAUGAGUGAGAUUAGAACUCCAUUGGAUCGCUUACUCAAGAAGGGUGUUCCGUGGAAGUGGACAGCUGAAUGUGAAGCUGCAUUCAAAAAGUUCAAGGAAAUUAUCACCUCAGACCUUUUGCUGACCCACUACGAUCCAAAUCUCCCCAUUGUGGUUGCCUCAGAUGCCUCUUCAUACGCUAUAGGGUCUGUAGCCUAUCACCAGUAUCCUAACGGGACACAGAAGGCUUUUUACCAUGCCUCCAGACGCCUGACGGAAACCGAACAGCGCUAUAGUCAAAUAGAAAAGGAAGGGCUUGGAAUCGUUUACGCUCUCAAAAAGUUUCAUCGCUUUAUUUAUGGGAGGAGAUUUACUUUGCUGACCGAUCACAAACCACUUGUGUCGAUUUUCGGAAGCAAGAAAGGGAUUCCGGUACACACAGCUAACCGCCUUCAAAGAUGGUCGCUGAUUUUACAAAGUUACGAUUUUGAGAUAAAAUUUAUCUCAACCGACAGUUUCGGGCAUGCGGAUGUGCUGUCGAGACUGAUCAGUGCAAGUCGACCACCCUUAGAAGAAGUCGUGAUUGCAGAAAUUCAACUAGAGGAGACUCAAGAUCGUCUUAUCGUUGAGGAAGCUUCUUCGAGACUACCUGUGAAUUUCAAUAUGAUCAAGCGCGCAACACAAUCUUCGGAGAGUUUACAGGAUGUUGUGAACUACAUCAAGGGCGGAUGGCCGACAUCACUGAAGUCAAUUCGUUCCAAGGAAGUAGCGAAGUAUUUCAAGAUCAGGAAUGCUCUCUCGCUUAUCCAUGACUGCGUGUUUUACAGGGAGAGAAUCGUUGUUCCAGAGCAAUUUCGCAAGAAAAUCAUCACUCAACUGCAUGAUGCACACCCUGGUAUGUCCAGAAUGAAGUCCAUAGCUCGAGGAUACGUUUUCUGGCCGGGUAUUGAUAGCGAAAUUGAGCAGAAAGUCAAGAGCUGUACAGACUGCGCCUCUGCCGCAAAAACUCCUGUGAAAGCAGAAUUAGCAUCAUGGCCGCUAGCUACACAUCCCUGGGAGCGAAUUCAUUUGGAUUAUGCCAAAUAUCGAGGUGAAACCUUCUUGCUAAUCAUCGAUGCGUACUCCAAAUGGCCUGAAAUUUUCCGAACUCCGUCAUCAACAACCACGCAAACAAUUCAAAAGCUCAGAGAGACUUUCGCACGAAAUGGUCUUCCGGAAACAAUUGUUAGCGAUAAUGGGACGCAGUUUGUAAGUGACGAGUUCGAGGAAUUUUGUCGGAUGAACGGCAUCAAGCAUCUUAAGACCAAUCCUUACUGUCCAUACAGCAAUGGGCAAUGCGAGAGGCUUGUGGAUUCAUUCAAGAGGUCGCUGGAGAAGCAAGGGAGGACAAUUUCUUUGGAUGUUGGUCUUCAAAGGUUCCUGGCAAACUACAGAACUACUCCAAAUGAAAAUUCACCUGAUGGAAAAUCUCCUUCGGAGGUGUUGUUCUCAAGAAAAGUUAGGACGAUUUUUGAUUUGCUCAAAUUUCGUGAUCCGCAGGACCCUCAACGAAACAAGAAAAUGGAAGAGCAAUAUAAUCGCAAACACGGUGCAAAGAAACGCUCAUUCCAGAGGGGGGAGGAAGUCUAUGCAAAGAAGUUCUUCCAAGGUGGAAAGUUCACAUGGGCUCCAGGAAUAGUGAUUGAACGUCGAGGCUCAGUCAGCUAUAAUGUGCGUUUAUCCGAUGGAAUCAUUAUCCGCUCACACAUUAACCAGCUUAGAGGCCGUUCAGCGAGUUCAGAGAAGACUACAGAUUCACUUCCACUGUUCUUCGCACCCAGUGAUACACCGACACACCCAACUCCUCGCCAGAGUCCCAACUCUGCGGAUGUUCCUAAGGAUUCCUCAACAGGAUCGAACAACUCUACUCCGAUUGCUACAACGUCGUGGAAACCAACACCAAUUGUCGUUAGCGACACUCCUGAUGGUUUAGGUUUGGAUACGUCGGAACCAGAAUUCCUUGGAUUUCCUGAAACUCCUCGUAAUACCACGCCAACACAGGAACCUGAGGAACCGAAAACACCGGACGCACCAAUUAGACCGUCUUCAUCGCCCAUAGCGCAACGUCUUCGUCCCGGACGUCCUGCUCCUGGGUCCUACACAGAAAGGAUGAGGGCACGUCGCCUCAUUCCUUAA